GGCCGGGGGGCGGGCGGACGGCGGGGGCGGCGGAGUGAGGCGGCGGCGCUCGCGUCGCUCGGCCCCUUUCUGUGUCGGCGCCUCGCAGAGGGAGCAUCGCGCGCUGAGCCGCCCGCCGACCAGCCCGCCCAGCCCCGCGCCGCCGCCAUGGCCAAGUCCGAGUCUCCGAAGGAGCCUGAGCAGCUCCGCAAGCUCUUCAUCGGCGGCCUCAGCUUUGAAACAACAGACGAGAGUCUCCGCAGCCACUUUGAGCAAUGGGGCACCCUGACCGACUGCGUGGUGAUGAGGGACCCGAACACCAAACGCUCACGAGGCUUCGGCUUUGUCACGUACUCCUCAGUGGAAGAGGUCGACGCCGCCAUGAACGCCCGGCCACACAAAGUGGACGGCAGAGUCGUUGAACCAAAGAGGGCCGUAUCCAGAGAGGACUCGCAGCGGCCCGGAGCCCACCUCACAGUCAAAAAGAUCUUUGUGGGCGGCAUCAAGGAGGACACGGAGGAACAUCAUUUGAGAGACUAUUUUGGCCAAUAUGGUAAAAUCGAAGUCAUCGAGAUCAUGACGGACCGCGGCAGCGGCAAGAAGAGGGGCUUCGCCUUCGUCACUUUUGACGACCACGACUCUGUCGACAAGAUAGUCAUUCAGAAAUACCACACUGUGAACGGGCACAACUGCGAGGUGAGGAAAGCCCUCUCGAAGCAGGAGAUGGCCAGCGCCUCAGCCAGCCAGAGAGGCUGUCCCCCUCCUCCGCCCCCUCUCCUAGGCCGCAGCGGUUCUGGGAAUUUCGGCGGCGGCCGCGGAGGCGGAUUCGGCGGUAACGACAACUUCAGUCGCGGCGGCAACUUCGGCGGCCGUGGUGGGUUUGGUGGCAGCCGCGGUGGCGGUUAUGGCGGCGGCGGAGACGGCUAUAAUGGAUUUGGCAAUGACGGUUACGGCGGCAGCGGCCCCGGCUACUCUGGCGGCAACCGGGGCUACGGCGGCAGCAGCACCUACGACGGCUAUAAUAACGGCGGGGGGGGCUUCGGCGGCGGCAGCGGAGGACGGCGUCCCGCCCGGGGACCCGCGCUCGCCGUGCGGAACGGCCUUUCCGAAGCGGGCACAGGCAGCAACUUCGGCGGUGGGGGGAACUACAACGAUUUUGGCAGUUACAACAACCAGUCGUCCAAUUUCGGCCCCAUGAAGGGGGGCAACUUCGGGGGCAGGAGCUCGGGGCCGUACGGCGGCGGCGGCUACGGCAGCUCGAGCGGCGGCGGCAGCUACGGCGGCGGCAGGAGGUUUUAACACCCAGGAAACAAAGCUUAGCGGGAGAGGCGAGCCAGAGAAGGGACAGGGAAGCUGCAGGUUACACCAGUUGUGAACUCGGCCCACUCACAGCUGUGGCGGGGGGUGGCUGCUCCAUGAAGACGUGUGUUAGACAGAAGUCUCCUUUGCGAAACAGGACUGUGUUUGUGACUAAUUGUACAACAGGUUAUUUUAGUUUUA